AUGCAGCGCUAUGCGGGGACUGCCUCGUCUCUGUCGCACCGACCAGGCGCUGUGGUCAAUGCAGAGGCGAGGCGAGAGCUUCUGGGCGGUUAUACGGACGAUUAUCAAGCUGCCCGUUCAAAGACUGCAUCUCCUAAUCCCUAUGCCUAUGCCGCUUCGACCGGGCCAGGCUUCGCAGGGAGCAAUGGCAGCGCUCAGGAGAGCUCGUAUGCUUCCAACAGGACUGCAGACGACCUGGAAGGUCAAAAUGACGAGCAUCUCGAGGGCUUGAGCGCAAAGGUCAAGAUGCUCAAGGACAUCACUGUCGGCAUCGGCAAUGAGGUCAGAGAUUCGACCAAGAUGCUCUCAGGCAUGAAUGACACUUUUGGCGAGACCUCAGGCUUCCUGCAGGGAACAGUAAAGCGGAUGGGCAAUAUGGCCUCCAAGCAAGGUGGUCGAUGGUUCUACUGGCUGCUCUUCCUCAUCGUUGUCUUCUGGCUGUUCGUCCUGCGUUGGCUCCAUGUCAUAUGA